AUGGGUUUGGCCAGCAGGAUUAGAUUGCGCUUCAGGGGCCGUGUUCAUGUCGUCGUGGUUGUGGUGGUGGUGCGAUGCGGCGGCGACGAGCACAGCCCGCCGUUCGCGGGCGAGGGUGCCAGGCUUGGCGCAGGCCACCCCAUUCGGGCGGCGGACGAAAUUGCACUUGCGUGCGCGAGCCAGCGGCGCCAUGGCUGGCCCUUGGCCAAUGCAAGCCACCCGUUGCGGGCGGGCGUCGUGGUGGUCGUGUGCCCCAGAAUAGCAAGGCGCGCAGCCGAGACCCCAAGGGCCCCAAGGAGGCAGGCCGUUCGUCUGAGAGCCUUGCGGAGCGUUUCACGGCCUCAUCCUUUGACGUCCACCACCCCCGCCACCGCACACGUCAAGCUCGAGCCGGAGCGCGCGACACAUGCCAGGCUCGCCAGGCUCACCAGACUCAUGCCGGCUGUCCAUUUGCAUGCCCGCCAUCGCACCCAGGACACCCUCAUGUCGAGCAUCCCGACUUAG